ACACCACACGAGGCACGCUUUUUGUUUUUUUGUUGUGGCGGUUGGCAGCAUGACAGCUGUUUUUGACAGUUAAUUCCACGGUAGCUGUUUACAUUGCAAAACAACAACAAAGCCGGUGUGGUGCCUGAUGAACGCAGUUUCGAGAGGAAAGUUGGGCAAUCUUUUACUCAAGAAAAUUAUUUCCAAUGUGGCCAUACAAGAAAAUGUAUCAAAAUCGAGUGAAAGAGAUGGCAGUAGCUUGGCACCCCAAUCUAGUGCACCCAAAGCUAAUAGUCCAGCAGUUGCAGCAGAGGAUAAACACAUCCAUGAGCAAGAUGAGCCGUCAGACAGCGAAUCGGAUGCAAGCAGCGUUGGCGAUCAUCUGGUUGACCCCAGUACGAUAAAUCUGGAUGAAACAUUCUUUUCUCAACCAUUGCAUGAACAUCCUACUGCCAAAAGCGAGGAUGCUGAUUUAGCUUUAUCGGGAAAAGCACACGAGCUGUCCGAAUCGGAGGAUGAGAACACCCCUGCCAUCGAAGAGGACGACCGGAUGUACCAAAUAUUUACUCAGAUAUCCGACUACGAUAGGAUGAUGCAAGAAGUGAACGUUUGUAAUGAGUCGCACGAACAAAGAAGAAGAGAACUAGGACUGUCUCAAGGGACACAGGCUUUCGACGACUGUGAUGUCCCGUUUAUGCUCACUCAAACGGAGGAUAUUCAAGAGGUCGCUGCGUGCGCAGGAGACAAUCUCGACUGGGAGUGUGUAGCCGAUCAGAACGCUCAAGCGGAGUCGCUCAACAACAUCGAAAUCAUUGUUUCUGGUAGCAAGCAAAAGUCCACACGUGUGCUAAGUGCAGCCGAAAGACUGAAACGGUUGGAGCAGGAAAAUACCAGAAAAUUGUUCCUAGCCACUCACAAAACGCAUCUGCUGUUACUGAUCGCGUAUGGCAUUAGGGUUAAUCAAACAGCCAAUCGGAGCAUGAUCCAAUGUGCCUCGGAACUGUAUGAGCUGGUUGCGAAUAGCGACUUUUCGAUGUACGAAACAGUGAGUCUCGAUCUUGUCCAAUCCAUAACGGCCUACUACAAUACUGUGAUGAAGCUUGUGAUAACGGGUCCACGGAUAAUGAAACAGAGCAAAGCUUUUGAGCGGCAGCUGGCUUCCCGUGAGGUAACUUCCAGGAAAAUGCUAAAUAUUAUACUACUGGCACUGUUCCGCUUUUUAAGCGUUCGUGCAAGACUUGUAAUGAAUCUGGACGUGGUACCGAAACAUCCACCAGCCGUUAAACCUAUACCGAAGGAAAAGCAUAAGAAUGAUCCAACGAAAACAACCGACGGUUCUGCACGGUACGGCAACGUUCCGCUUACUACAGCGGAAAUAUUAAAGCGUAAACCGGAAAUACAGAAAAUGUUUCAGCUGUCUCAGCUCGACGGGGGGGAUGAUGAGAUCGUAUCGAACAAGAAAGCACGCAUACAGGUGACGCAUGAUAAAUCAGAGCUAUCGAAAUUAAGUUCACCAGCUAAAAAUCCAAAAAUUUGCAAAAAAGCGGAGAAACAAUCGGCCAAGCAGAACUCCAGCGAAGGCGAACAAAAAGUUCUAAGAUUGAUAUCUUCUAAAUACUUCCCGAAAAAGGCUGCCAUGAAUCAAAUGGUCAGCGAGCGCGAGAAUAAAAAUCCCACCAUUGGCAAGCUAAAUUUUGCCAAGCUCCGGAAGACACCACAGGAAUCAACGGUGAAAGAUGAUUCGAAAUCGGAAGAAAUUUCGCUUAAGUUAACGUCUUCCAAAUACUUCAAGAAACGAGCUUCAUCUGAACAAACCGCGGUAUCGUGCGAACAUAGAAAAUCUAGUAAGGAACGGCCCAAUUUAGCAAAACUUCGACGCCAGACGUCACCAGCUGCCGGCGAGAGUGUGAAAAGGGCGGAAGAAAAACACCGCAUACCGGAGCUCGAUACGUGGAUUGAAUGUUACCUCGAAAAGGAACGACGUUGGACCGUGGUGGAGGCCGCACUGGGGAGCACCGAUUGUUUGGAGCUCGUGAUCGAUCGCAUCCUUGCGCCACCGUUGUAUGCUUUUGCCUGGGAAGCGGAUGGUACUAUCGUCGAUGUUUCGCCACGCUAUCGAUGGAGCAACGAGCAGCUUGCAUUAAAAAACCGUGUCGAUACAAAAUGGCUUCGAAAGACGCUCUCCAAGUAUCGUCCUCGAGAGCUGGAUGAAGCACAUCUGCACGAGCAGACUGAAUUCCGACUGCUUAAGCUGCGUGCACCAAGACCGAUCACCAUUGCUCAGUGCAAAAAUCAUCCAUCGUACUGCUUGCGUCGACAUCUGCAAAAAUUUCAAGCGAUCUACCCGCCAGAUGCACCGCCGUUGGGCUUCGUCCAAGGAGAACCACUUUACGCUCGCGAAUGUGUGCAUACCUUACAUUCGCGCGAAGUUUGGCUGCGGCACGCGAAAGUGAUAAGACAUUUCGAGCAGCCGUAUAAAAUUGUCCGCACCAAGCUGAAGCGGCAACCUGCCGAUCUGGAAUUGUUCGGCUACUGGCAAACGGAAGAGUACAUCCCACCGGAGCCCGUCAACGGUAUUGUGCCACGCAAUGCGUAUGGGAAUAUAGAAAUCUUUAAAGCAUGUAUGCUACCCAAAGGCACGGUACACUUGAAACAGUAUGGACUGUCGUACAUUUGCCGCAAGCUUGGAAUCGACUAUGCUGUUGCGGUGGUUGGAUUUGGGGUGCACGCCGGUGGUAACCAUCCCGUGUUUGACGGCAUUGUAAUAUGUGAGGAGCAUCGCGAUCGUUUGCUGGAGGCCUGGCAGCGGCAUCAGGACGAAGCGGCACAGAAAAAGAUAGAAAAGAAGCAAAGUGCGGUGUUGAGGAAUUGGGUGAAGUUGGUGAAAGGUUUGCUUGUGCGAAGGAAGCUUAAACAUAAGUAUAAUUUUGAAGGAAUGUAGGAAAAUUGUACAGUAGAAAUGUUAUUCGUUA